AUGACACUGACUACCGCUCCCUUGACAUUAACUGUGAGUGAGACCGAACCGUCAACAGGUUGUCUCGAUGGCCCUGCCAACUCAGCAGAUGUGUCACGAGUUACAGGUGCACCGCCUCCUCCUGACGCUACAGAAAUUCGCACACAGAGUGCUUCUGGGUCUUUCAAUCCUACUCUUACGGCCAGUGUGACCGCAUCGAGCUCUCUUGCCUCCAUAGCGAGUGAUGAACCCCAAAACAUGGUUUCUGUACCAGAGACCAGCAGCCUUGUCGCCACUGGAGGUUCGACUUCGGCUGUAGACGAAAGUGCUGGGUCUUUUGUCAGCUCUGGGCAGGCUACCAUGAGCUCUAGUGCAACUGGUAUAAGUGACAACGGUCGACCAGCUGUAAGCCCCAAUCCAAGUAAUAUAAAUGAUGAUGGUGAGCCAGCCGUAAGCCCGAGUGUAAGUGGUGCAGGUGGCAAUGGUCAAUCUCCUGCGAGUCCUGGUGCGAGUGGCAGUAGUCAACUUGUCAGCGGCGCUGCUCCUUCCACUUCGCUUACCGGCCUCCCCACUAGCAUCGGGGAAUCAGGUGCUCCUAUUCCUACAACCGCUACGAUUAGUGCUUCUGGAGUGAGCAGUGUUACAGAUCUCUCUCCGGAUGGCCCUACACUUACUGAGACAAGUCUUGGUGACAAGUCCACAUCUUUGGCGGGCGCACAGGCUUCUGACUCUGUCGGAUUGUACAGACCUACAGGGUCUCUAACAGGACCAAAUGCGAGCAAUCAGAACGGCACAAUUGCUCUUUCUGCGCCCUCUGUCGAUGCUCUGAAGCUGUCCCUCUUCCUGAAAAAUCUGGGUGUAUGGGUGUUUAAUGAGAGUAGAAUAGUUGAGUUGAGCGCUUCAAAUCCGAGAGAAGAUACAGAUGACUUGGCCAGCCUAGUCGCGGCGAUUGGUGUGCAAGAGCAGACGCAAUUGAGAACACUACGGACCCUACUCACCCAAUCAGGAUACCCAGACGUGCCGCCCUGUCGAUACGACCUACCCAGCAAUUUAACUGAACUCAGUUUUCUCAUGGUCACACUGAAGUCCAUCAACCUCGGCGUUUUCAUGUCGAUGGCAGAGGCAGCAGAUGGGCCUGUUGCCAUCUUGUUGUCAAGUAUCGCGAGCGUAGAUGCAAAGCACAUUGCGCUUCUUGGUGAUUAUUCCCACCGAAAUGCAAGUGCACAGUCUUUUGACACACCUGCGACUCCAGCGUGGGCGUAUAACAUCGCGCUGGAGUAUACUCAGCCAGGCUCUUGCAGCGUGCAGCUACCGCUACCCCUAUUGCCAAAGCUCACAAUAAAUGAGAAAACUGCUUUCCAUGUGCAGCCAGGCACAAACUUCUGGAAGUACGAUAGUCCCCUCCAGCCUGUCGGGCACAGCUUUUGCAGUUUUGACAACGCAAUCAGAGCUCACUAG